AUGUCUUCAAAAUUUAAACAACAACAAAAUUUUACUUCACCUAAUGAUGUUCUACAUUUUUUUAAAGAUAAAUCUCAAGAAUCAGAAGACAUAUGUUAUAAAUUAUAUUCAAAUGAAGAUAAAAAUAUCAUUAUUGAGAUUCUAGAGGAAGGCAAUUAUGAUAAUUAUAGAAAUUUACUUUUUUACCAUAUUUAUUAUGCAUCAACAAUUGAUGAUCCAAUGGAAUUAAAUUGUUUAGAUCUUGACUUCAUAAAAUUUAUUCUUUCUACUUCAAUCAAACCAGAAUUUCAAGAGUUAUGCCAAUAUUUUACUAAAAAUGAAACAACAAUAGAAAAAUUGGUACCAGAGGUAUGCCUUCCAGCUUUCCAAAGAAUUAUAAAAAAAUUAUCUGAUGAAAUAAAAAAUAAGGAACAAUAUCAGUAUGGGACAAAACUUCGUGAUGAUAAAUUAAUAUAUAAUGAAAUAUAUACAUUAUAUUAUCAUGCUGUAAAUGAAAAAGUUUUUGAAUUUGAAGAAUCUUUAAAAUUAUUAGAAAUACAGGUUCAGAAAUAUCCAGAAUCUAUCUCUAAACAGAUGUAUCUUUUGGCAUAUAUAGCUUCACAAUGUCUUUUAAUACCUGGAAAAAGAAUACGUGGUAUAAAUUUACUUAAGAAACUUUUAUCAUUUAUUCUUGAAUUAGUAUUAGGUGCUGAAAAAAAUUCUAUUGAUGGUUCUGUGGGGAGGAGAAUUGUUUGUGUGGUAACACCUUAUCUUCAAUUUAUUUCUAAUUCAGAAAAAUUAAUUGGUUAUGGAGAAAUUCUGUCUCGUCUUGUAAAAGUAUUAAUCUUCUUAAACACUAUUAAUACAAAUGAAUUUACCACUCUUUAUAAUAACAAUUAUAUUGCUUUCAAAAAUUUAGCAGAAAGUUUUCCUGGAUCUUGGAUACCAUAUCUUUUAGGAAAAAAUAACUAUAGAAGUAGUAAAUUCAAAGGUCCAUUGAAUUUUGCUCCUUACAAAGAUUCCUUUGAUGAUUCUAUUUUAGAUUCUCUCUAUGAACCAGCAUUAAACGGUUUUGAUGUUAAAGGAUUUAAAUUAAAGGAUAGUUAUGGAAUUUAUGAAACAAUGAGAACUUUUAGAGGAGAAUUGGAAAAUGAAGUUAAACGUUGUCUUAAAUAA